UGUGAAAGAGUAAAACUUGGUCUUGUCAGUCAUCUCUCAGACACACACUCAAAAAUGGCCUCCGGCAGCAGUCUCUUUUCUGAAGAGCAUUUUCAGUGUGCCAUAUGUUUGGAAGUGUUCCAGCAGCCAGUUUCCACUCCAUGUGGUCAUAACUUCUGCAUGUCCUGUCUCACAGCUUACUGGGACAACUCGGUUGUCUGCCAGUGUCCACUCUGUAAGACAACCUUUGACAGGAAGCCUGUUCUCGGGGUCAACACUUUCAUUUCUGAUCUUGUUGAGCAAUUCAAGGCGGUGGAAUUGACAGUCGGCGUCACCCAGAGCCAAAAUCCACAGCCGGUGAAUGCUGUGCUGUGUGAUAUCUGCAUAGUCAAUAGAAAAGAGGCGAUAAAAUCCUGUAUAAACUGUUUGACGUCUUACUGCACCACACAUCUAGAGCCACACCAGAGAGUGGCCGGUCUGAAGAGGCACGCACUAAUCAACCCUCUGGAGAACCUGGAGGAGAGAGUCUGUAAGGAGCACAACAUGCUGCUGAAGGCGUUUUGUAAAAACGACAUGGGCCUACUGUGCGAUGUUUGCAUUGCUGUAGGCCAUGCCAACCAUGAGAGCAUUCCCCUGCCCCAGGCACACCAAGAGACGAAGGUUAUGCUGGUGAAGUUGGAGGCUAAAGUGCAGCAGAUGAUCCAAGAGAGGCUGCAGCAGUUCAGCACAGUAAAGGAGUCGGUGAAGCUCUGCAAAGAUGUCGUAGCAAACAGUGUGCAGGACUUGGACACUCUGAUGUCUGACAUUCAGAAAUGCCAGGCAGAGCUCUUCAGCGUGGUCAAGGAGAAGGAAAAUCUGGCCAGGAAGCAAGCGGAUGAUUUUGUUAACAACAUGGAACAGAAGAUCGCCAUAUUUCAGAGUGGAACCAUAAAAAUACUAGAGCUGAUGCAGACUAAAGACUCCUUAAAAUUCCUCCAGAGGCUUCCCAACCUGUCUGGUCUCUUCCACCCAAUGGGGCUGUCUGCCUUCAGCUUUAACAGUGACCUUGAAGUUCAGUGCCUAAAGACAUCUCUGAGCCAGUUGAUAUCUCAAAUGCUAGUUAUACUGACUAAAAUAAAUGAGGAGAAAAAUAAGUUCUCCAAAGGUGCAGAUGUGCCAAACACAUUUUUGAAGGCUGUACAGAAGUUUGAGGUGACUUUUGAGCUUGACCCAAAUACAGCGCACCAUCAGCUCAUCCUGUCCAAAGACGGCAAACAGGUGAGAUACAGCACCCAAAUCCAAAGAUUGUCAAAAAGUGAGAGUAGAUUCACCAACCUACUUGGUGUUCUGGGGAACAGAGGCUUCUCCUCAUGCAAGUUCUACUUUGAGGUCCAUGUUGGUCAAAAGACUGAGUUUGUUGUAGGCGUGGCCACAGCAUCCAUCCGCAGGUAUGGGUCAGUCACACGGACUCACAACUCUGGACUCUGGGCCAUCUGGUUCAUGCGCGAUAGGUUUGAAUCCCAUAGUUCCCCCUUCGUGUCGGUGCACUGGGGGAAAGUGCAGCGGGUUGGAGUGUUUGUGGACUACACUGGACGUCACAUUGCUUUCUAUGAUGUACACACCACAACCCUGAUUCACUCGUUCACUCAGUGUGUCUUCACAGAGGCGUUGUAUCCAUACUUUAAUCCUUGCGAUAAUGAACAUGGUUCAAACUGGGAUCCAAUGGUAAUCGUUCCUGUCAAUCAUCCCGCUUGAACACAGAGCACACGCUCCGCCAUCCAGUAGGCACCCGAUUUUCUCAAAUGGAAUCAGAUCCGAUGUUCCGUAAUAGCAGCAGGUGCAUGAGGAAUUAUGUAUUUGUUUUGUAAUUCUGGGAAAAACUUGGAGUGUUUUAAAAUGCACUAAAAUAUAAAUUAACUUUUGGAGGCUUAACAGAAUUUGAGGCAGAUAUUUGAUAACUUCACCUCUGUGCAAAAAUAUGUAAAAUGUAGUUUUUCAUUUUUCUGUUACACUGGUUAACACUAUUUCUUGCAUGUAGUUUUUAAUGGAUUUUGGGUAAUUUGGCAGCGCUGAAUCAGAAUCUGGUCUUAGUUUUUUUCCAAUCAGAUUACGUUUUUGAGAUAUGAAAAUAUAUUUCUCGCAUCACGCAUUGAAGCAAAAACUGCAGUCUUGCACACCUCUUUGGUGCCAUAAACAAUAUUACGGCUCUUGUUCACAUUUCGUGAACCUGGUUUCAAAAAUAUCAAAGUCAAAGUUAACUUUAUUAUCCCAGAAGGGAAAUUCAGAUGGUCAAGGUGCGUAUAAUACAGACAACGUCAGACAAGAUAGACAAACUUAAAAACAGAUAAAUAAAUAAAAAACAGAUAAAUACACCCCCUCCCCCAUGCCUCUCUGGCUCCUCUCCACACAGCUUAAGCCCCUUUCACACCGGGGCUGCUCCCAAUUGCUCUCCUGUGGCGUCAUGACGACGCAGGAAUUUCUGCAUCAGGUGCACGCAGCAGGGGGCCGAGAGGAGGUGAGAAUGCA